AACUUGACGGGAAAUUAACGGUGAAUACAUUCCACUGGCAGGAUGUAAGAUUAGGCUUCUGCGGAGGGAUGCAGAUUACAGGAUCCCCAGGAAACGUAUGUUGAUUGAAAAUUCCAAUUAGUCCACGUAACAGUGACUAUUUAUGUGACCAGGACAGUGUGUGGUUCUCUGACACCACUGUUGGUGCUGGACGCCAUCACUCCGGACAACCUAAGAUAGUACGUCCACAAAUUGAAUGAGUAGAACCGGUAACAGCUCAAUUUUGUUGUUAAUACUCCUCAAGCUACAUUAAGCUCGGCUAGUACGUCAUUGUUGUGCAGGGAUUGGUGAGAUUCGCACCUCGUAACACAUACUCAAGCCGGUUUUGUUCGUCAUGUCAACUGCAAGUGGACGUAUGUCCAUUGAAAAGUACAGCGUUUAUUGAGGGAGGAUGGACAUUGUAUCAAGAUGACAGAGAUGCGUAAAGAGCCCCCUUGAAAUGGAUCUGAUAGACUAUAUUUCUCAGAUCCGCUCAUGCGUAGUGGAGAAAUUCUCUUCCUCCCCAUCAAGAGAUGUUCGAGGGGAGACAACCACAGGCUGUAACAGACGGGAUUCCGAAAAUGGAUCAGCGUCUGUUGCGGAUAGAACGUCCAGGGAUGAAGCGAGGCGGGAGAACGAGCAGUUGUCUGCCGAGGUUGAAGGCGCCCAGAGAGAGUACAAAAAGCUGAAGCAGGUCGUGGAGCACCUGACCAGGGAUUACGAAGCCUCGAAGGACUUCGACCCUCUACGGAGGUACAAGAAGAUGAAAGGGAUGGUAAAACGCACCGUCCUCCAUCUGCGACUGGACCCGGACCAGCAGGGGUCGUCCCAGGGGAUUGUGGGGCUGGUCCAGGGGUGCAAGGACUACACCCUACAGCUUGAGGGGGUCAAGAGACGGGGAGAGAGAACUAACAGGAUGAGGAAGGAGGACAUCAUGGCUGACAACGAGAAGCUCCAGGAACAGAAGAAGGAGCUGAAGCGGAAGUGUUCCAUCAUCCGGGACCUUGUGCUGAAACUUGAACGUAACUACCAACACUCCAAGCGCUUCAUGGUGGUACAGAGAUAUGGCAUGAUCAAAGACAUGAUCAAAACAGUCAUUCAUGAUAAACUCAUACAGUGAGGUCUGUGAUGCUGGCUGAAUCAUUUGGGUGACCAUUCGGACUUUCGAGGACCCGAAAAUAAUCAACCAAGACGAUGCACAUAUGCUUCUGUAGCACCUGUGAAAAACGUAGGAAUAAUUCAUUUGAAGUGAACAGAAAUAUUCAAUAGCUGUUAGCAUGAGCAAUAGCUGUUGCCACCAGCCGUGAUAAGCAGAUAAAACGUGGAUAUUUGUAUCAGUCCCGUUAUCGUGGGGUCAUCAAAGUGACGUCACAUUUGUAAUGAAGGAAUAGUUCGUACAUGUUAUGGAAAUCAAUUUUCAAAAGCUGAUGAAAACUUCCAAGGGGAUACACCGUGAAUGGAGCCCGAGAAACAACCGUCAGCUUCCCUUGUGCUCACGUGUCACCAGAGCGUGUGUAUGUGGCCAUGUGUUACCAGAGCGAGUGGUUGUGUCCACGUGUCACUAGAGCAUGUGUUUGUGCUCACGUGUGACCAGAGCGUGGUUGUGCCCACGUGUCACCAGAGCAUGUGUGUAUGCCCACGUGCCACCAGAGCAUGUGUGUGUGCUCACGUGUCACCAGAGCAUGUGUUUGUGCUCACGUGUGACCAGAGCAUGUGUAUGUGCCUACGUGUGACCAGAGCGUGGUUGUGUCCACGUGCCACCAGAGCAUGUGUUUGUGCCCACGUGUCAUCAGAGCAUGUAUGUGUGCUCACGUGUCACUAGAGCAUGUGUAUGUGCUCACGUGUGACCAGAGCGUGGUUGUGCUCACGUGUCACUAGAGCAUGUGUUUGUGCUCACGUGUGACCAGAGCGUGGUUGUGCCCACGUGCCACCAGAGCAUGUGUGUAUGCCCACGUGCCACCAGGGCAUGUGUGUGUGCUCACGUGUCACCAGAACAUGUGCAUGUGCCUACGAGUGAACAGAGUGUGUUUGUGCCCACGUGUCACCAGAGCAUGUGUAUGUGCCUACGUGUGACCAGAGCGUGGUUGUGUCCACGUGCCACCAGAGCAUGUGUUUGUGCCCACGUGUCAUCAGAGCAUGUAUGUGUGCUCACGUGUCACUAGAGCAUGUGUUUGUGCUCACGUGUGACCAGAGCGUGGUUGUGCCCACGUGCCACCAGAGCAUGUGUGUAUGCCCACGUGCCACCAGGGCAUGUGUGUGUGCUCACGUGUCUCCAGAGCAUGUGUAUGUGCCUACGUGUGAACAGAGUGUGUUUGUGCCCACAUGCGACCAGAGCAUGGGUUUAUGCCCACGUGUCACCAGAGCGUGUGUUUGCGCCCACGUGACACCAGAGCGUGUGUUUGUGCCCACGUGAGAACAGAGCGUAUGCAUGUGCCCAUAUGUCACAAGAGCAUGUGUUAAUGCCCACGUGUCACCAGAGCAUGUAUUCGUGCCCUGGUGUCACUAGAGGGUGUGCGUGUCCCACAAUGCCACUACACACAAGACAGCAGCAGAACUGUAAGUAGCUGAGUGAAUACCCGUGUGUUUGGUGAGCCCCCGCCUUGAGAAGUGAGUGCAGUCGGUUGUCUUGACUGUGUAUGUAUAGCCUUGGUUUGCGUACAUGUAAAUAUGGUAUAUUUAAGCUUUCUCUAUUACAAAGAUGUACUUCACCUUAUACUCGCAAAACGACUUGAUACCGUACAUAUGUGGUGAUGACAUUAAUGUGUGACCACAUCAUGAUGCGCUGAGCGUUAUUUUCCAAAUAUGACUCUAGACCCCCACCCCAUCCCGACCACCCCACACCCCCCUCGAGGCAGCAGUUCUGGAACAAACACAUAGUCCAUGGACUGACCGGUCAUAAUGGACAUUACCUGAUGGGUUUGUCGGACCUCCAAAUACGCGCGCAAGAAAAAGAAUCAUGAUAAGCAAACUAUACCCAUGCAUAUAGUGUUGUUUCCAUUUGUUUUAGUUUUGUAACGCGUCACGUGUCUGCCUUGCUGGUUAUAUUGUAUUUUAUUCGGAAUACAAGAACGUGCAAAGCGCAAUGACGCGGACUUAAAUUAUGAAUAAUAAAAAUAAUAAUAAUGAUGAUGAUGAUGAUGAUGAUGAUGAUGAUGAUGAUGAUGAUGAUAAAGUGUUAAGCAGUACUGGUCUUUCCUAUAUACCAGUCAUUAAGCACCCAUCUCGUUAUAAUUUUUUCGCUAUGAAAUGGCGAGUGAAUAAGUGAGUUGGUGAAUGAGUUGUACUCUACGCUGGGUCUGCAGUUUUGAACUAUUCGCGACUGGAUCACGUAACAAACGAGUUAAGUUGCUUCAGUUAUAAAAUCAACACCAUAUUGUACAUCAACAUGUUCGUGGCGGUUGUUAUCCACAUGUUGAUUGCUCCCCGUUGAAUUAUGUGAAUACAUUGAAUUGUCAAUCACUAUUUAAAUUGCUGAAUGUAUUCUGUUGACAGUAACGGAAAUAGUCACGUAACCAUUAUACCGUCUGUCACGUUGACACCAUGGAUUUGAUUGAAUCCUGCUGUACCAAGACGUGGUCAGAGACGAUACGGCGAUAGCAAUAAAGACGUUGAUACUCA